AUGGAAACGGAAAAAGUAAAAGAAAAUGAAAAAGAAAAUAAUGAAAGAUUAAAAAAACAUUCAAAAUUAAUAAUGCCAAUAUUAACACCAGCAUAUCCACAACAAUCAAGUGCUUUUAAUGUUAAUUAUUCAACAAUGAAAAUAAUUAAACAAACAAUUAUUGAAGGAAUAAGACAAAUCCGUCGCCAAUCAUCCACCAAUUUUAACGAAGGAUUGAAACAAUGGAUUAAAGGAGUUGAUUUUGUUGAUAAAUAUCAUCAUUUUGUAACAAUUAUUUGUGUUGGAAUUGAUAAAAAUAUUGGAGAAGAUUUUUGUAAUUUUGUAAAAAAUCGAAUUAGAGUUGAAUUGGUUUUGUCAUUGGAAGAAUAUCCAAAAUUAGAAUAUUCACAUAUUUCACCAAAUAAAUCAAAAAAAGGAAAAUGUGAAAAAAGAUUAAUUGCUGGGAAAAAAUUUAAAAAAUUUUGGUAA